UUUAGUAGUUCCGAUUUUUUAUGCACACACAGUGGAUGCUGGUCUAGUUUCACACUGGGUGAAAUGCAGUUAGGUUAUGAUGGCAAAACCGGAAAGCAGAAACUCGGAAUAGUAACUCAUGCAGACUGAGCUUUGAACACACAUACACACAAACAAACACACGCAAACACAGAACGUCGCGAGCAAGGGAAACUCCGGGAAGACGAGACCGGUGACCCGGUUUCGAUUUACCAUUGAAACAAGUUCACUUCAUCUACGUUGGAAAAGCUUGAACGUUACAAUAUUGCAUUCCACCUUACGCUCUUUUAAUAGAGUGAUGCUUAGCCUUGUCAAAAUGAAAAAAAAAUUAACAAAACGAAAAUAGCCAAAGAAAUAUUGAAAAUAGUGAAAAGAAAAGUUGUGCGGAUUAUUUGAAAUUGAUAAGCGCAAAGAGCGACGUGUAGUGCCCUCUAUGUAUGCUGUUGAGAAAGGGUAGGUAACUGGUGGCAUCGUUGCUGAUAAUUUACCAUUUCAUUAUGACAGUCAGCGGUGGUGCUGUCAUAAUGAACAGUGUUGUGGUUAAAUAACAAAGAAUAAGAAAUAGCAAACUAAAGAAGGAUCUGUUUAACCGAACCAAUUGCGAAUCUAUAAUAAUAACAAAGUAGAUUUCUUGACAUGGAAAAAUAUGCUUUGUCAGAGACAAAUAGAUAUAUAUUUUUUUAUAUAUAAGUGUUGUCUAGUAUAAGUUUACCUUUGUUUUCACUUUUAAUGUUUCUGUAGUUUCUUUUUACGAUCUCUUUCUCUCUCUCUCUAUUUACUUACAAUAAUACAGCUACAAUACAAACAUGACACGCGCACUUUCAUUCAAGAAAUACACGAAGAAACAAAACUAUUUUACGCUACCAUGAAUCAGGUUAUGAUAUCACAUUCCCUAAACAUUUGGAAAGCUACUCUGAACUACAGUGUAACUAAGUUGAAACGAACACCUACCUCGCUUCUACGUUGAAGACUGGAAUAAUUGAUGUCGACUUCUCAUCAAGGAUUUACUAUCUCUUUAUCUUUCUCGUCCAUUAUUGUUAGACUUGGACAAAACUAUUCCGGCAUUGAUGCUUUUCCAGCUGGGCAAUACUCUCUUGUUGGAAGAUGGUCAACAUUCGGUGAGUGUUGUCGCACAAGAAUUGACACAGCGUCAGCUAGUUAACAUAACAAGCCUCAAUGGGUCUUCGGCUACUUCGUUUCUAUUGUUUUCUAGACUGUUCCCGUCCCGUGCCAAUAACACCCGGUACUCACACCAAGUGCCUGCCUCAACCCGUCUUCCAUCUGACACUACAGAAGCGAAACUACUCAUGGAUGUACGAUGUUCCCCGGGAGAUUUACUCGGACCGUUGGGUCUCUUCGUGCAAGCCUUGCUGGCUUUCCUUGCUUUCACCACACUCAUAGCCAAAAGAUUUUGUGAGCCUAAGCAUGAGAGACGGCCAUGGAAAAUAUGGUUCUAUGAUACUUCUAAACAAGCAAUUGGUGCUGCUGUAAUUCACUUUGCUAAUGUCUUCCUUGCUGAUAUGUUUCAAGGAGACCCUUGUACAUGGUAUUUUGUUAGUUUUUUGCUUGACUCCACGGUGGGUUUACUUGUGAUAUACAUAGGGCUUAAAAUUGGCCAGUGGCUUGCUCUUCGGAAAGGAUGGGAGAGUUUACGUUUUGGAGAAUAUGGAAGACCACCGCAAUGCAAUGCUUGGAUAGGUCAGUGUGGUCUCUACAUUCUAGUCAUGAUCAUUGAGAAAAUACUAAUGACAUUACUAGUACUAUGCCAUUUUUGGGUAAAGGUGCGAAAAUUUAUUUUAGCUCCAGUGAAGAAUGCUAACUUGGAGAUUGUGAUAGUAAUGUUUAUGGUUCCCUUAUUUGUGAAUGCUCUUAUAUUUUGGGUGGUAGAUAAUUUUUUAAAACGCCAAAUCCGAGAAACAAAAACCCUUUCAAUAAACAGCAACGAUGUAUCUGUGAAGUAUUUCCGAAACAACGACCGCUUGAAGUAUUACAACCAUUUAGAAAAGGCAGAAGACUUUGAAACUAACAUGCUACUAAUGGAGGAUGAAGAGAUCAACACAUCAACUGUUGGGGUUGGUAACAACAAUACAACUACUAAUCUUUUACUGGACUGACAAAACAGAAUCUACAAUCCAUAUCUAUCUAUAUAUAUAUAUAAAUAUUAACUAGCAAAAGGCUGAUUGAAGAACUGUUCAUGACUGAUUAAAAAGACACUCUCAUUGUGUCACAUUUAUUUAUCAUUGUUCUGCAUUUGUAUUUCUCAUUUCUCUUCAUUAUUGAAAAAACAAAUUCCAUUUCAUCAUUCAAAUGAAAGUUCAUACAUUAAAGUAUAGAAUUUUCAAGAAAAUAAAAUUAAUUUUUUUGAAUUUCUA